GAACUUGAUAUAACCUUUUUGCUCUAUGGCGGUGGAGGAGUUAUGGGAUGAAUGUCAGUUCAACGGAUAUUUGUUAUUGAACGUGAACGUAUGUGGGACUUGAGGCUGUGAGUAUGGCCGGUUCUGGACGAUGAAAGUUCGUGUGAUGAAGUUAUAAUAACCGACUGUCACGGAAAUCGCAAGGGAAUCUACUGGGCAGAAAAAAAGUUAAAAGAGAUUAGCAAAUAAUAACCUGCAAGAUCGAUGCGGAGAUAAGAAAAUGAUCCAUGCAAAUGUGAUACUUCACCUUGAGGAUAACUUUUAAUUCUUUAUUGUAAUAAAAGUAAGGCGCACGAAGGAGAACGCAGAUCGUGCACCGUGACAUUCUGGAAAAGCUGUAUGACUUCCAUGAGUUUUAAACGGAGCCGAUAUUGAGAAGUGAGAGAGAGUCAGUGAUAUAUCUGUAGCCGGCCUCGGUCGUACUUUUCUCGGAGUGAGCGAUGGGGGCCGCGCCGGGCUCGGGAUGGGAGGAGGGAGAGUUCGAGUUCAAGCUCGUGUUCGAGGAGGAUCCGCCGCGCCAGAGCCGCUGCGGCCCAGAAGAGUCCGAGAGCGGCCAGACGCACCAUGAGCCAGCCGAUACCCACUUGACUUCCGCACAGGCUGGCCAACCCGUGGGUAUCCCAUCGUCAGCCGGUCGCAGGGCUGGGAUGCAUUCCCCACCCCCCAGACGGGCAUUAGUCAGGGAGUUCAGUGGGACUUAUGAGAGUCUGCCAGCAAGAUCAAUACAGGUAUCAGAGUCUAGAGUGCUUGAGUGCCCCAGCAUCCAGAUCACCACUAUCUCCCCUGAAGAGGACUCAGGUCCAGCAGGGGGAAGUUACUGGGACGGCGGGGGUGGCUGGGACAGGGAGCGUCUAUACCUGCCCCUGCUGGACUCUUACCGUGACAUCGUGACAGGGGCAGGUUCCCUCAGUCCCAGCCCCAGCCCUGCUUCCAGUUCCUCAUCUCGUGGAUGGCUGAGUCCAGCUUCCAGCUGUGAUUCUCUCCUGGUGGAGGAAGACGAGCUCAAUGAAGCUGCUGCCCACUUCUGCCUAUCGCCCUCCUCGCGUCCCACGUCUCCUGGGGGCAAAAAGCGCAGGAACUCCCCACUGGCCUCCCCCAGCACCUCCCGCAGAAGCAGCUACUCCGAAGAUCCCUCCUCCCUCCCAGACACGGGAGAAACCUCGGCUCAGUCUCAGGCUCCAGCGAGCUGUGAACUCAACAUCCCACAAAAGACCAGGAAGACCUCUCUGGAACAGAUGUCAUCAAGAGAUAUGGAACCAGAGCUGACACUCGUUCAGACCUCUUCCUGCCCCCUCCCAGAGGUUGCUCAGCUGAGAAGGGAGCCUCCCCCACUAGGGAUGGACUACCUGUCUGUGCCUCCUGCUCUGGGCUGGGGCAGAACCAGGGCCAGCGCUCACAGUCCUCUCUUUAGAUCUAAUGCACUGCCGCCACUUGACUGGCCGCUGCCUUCACAGUUUGACCAGUAUGAACUGCGCAUAGAGGUACAGCCCAGACCACACCAUCGCGCUCAUUAUGAAACUGAAGGAAGUCGAGGAGCGGUAAAGGCAUCACCUGGAGGCCAUCCAGUAGUGAAGCUUGUAGGUUAUACUGAGAGACAGCCGCUUUCCUUACAGGUGUUUGUAGGAACUGCUGAUGACAGAUCAAUACGUCCUCAUCCUUUUUAUCAAAUACACAGAGUAACAGGGAAGAUGGUUGGCACAGCUAGUCAGGAGAGCAUCCAGGCUGGCACCAAACUCCUGGACAUCCCACUCAAUCCAGAGAACAACAUGACUGCCCUCAUUGACUGUGCAGGUAUUCUAAAGCUGAGGAACUCUGACAUUGAACUCCGGAGAGGAGAGACAGAUGUAGGGAGAAAGAACACUCGAGUGCGUUUGGUGUUCCGCACACACCUUCCUCUGUCUCCACCCAUCAUCCCCUCAGGACGAGUCUUAGCGCUGCAGGUGGCGUCUUUACCCAUUGAAUGCUCACAGCGCUCUGCACAGGAGCUUCCUGUAGUGGAGUCUAUCAGUCUUACUUCCUGUUCAACAGAGGGAGGCGAGGAACUACUUCUAGGUGGGACCAACUUUCUACCCACCUCCAGAGUUUUCUUUAUGGAGAGAGGAUCAGAUGGCAAAGUCCAGUGGGAGGAGGAGGCACAUGUGGACAAAAGCAAUGAGAAUUUGCUAUGUGUACAGGUGCCAGCCUAUAACGAUCUUUCACUGAACCACCCAGUAUCUGUCUGCCUGUACGUGUCCAAUGGGAAGAGGAAGAGGAGCAGCACGCAUUGCUUUAAAUAUCUGCCCAUCAUGUUUAAAGAGGAAGAUCCGCUGCUGUCCCGUCCCUCUAGCUUGCCCCUGGAAGGGGUGACGCUUUGCCCCAUGGGGAGCGGCAGCACUGUUGACAUGAGGUCAGACCUAUCCGCAGAUGACAGAAGCAUGUCUUUCCACCUGCCUCCAUAUCCCAAUGAGUACUCUUACUCCUCGCAUGGCUACCAGGAGGACUACUGGCAUAAACCAGAGGUUACCGAGGACGGUGGAGGUCGAGGUGCCCUGACCGAAAGGCAUCCCAGCUUUGAGAGCCUGGAGCUGGGCUUCACGGAGCUUCUUCCUCCCAUGUACCCAAGAGCCUCACAACCUCUUUCCUCCUCCCCAUCUCCCUCUCCGUGGCUUGACUCUCCCUAUCUGUCCUCCUCACCUUCUCCCUCUCACUCUUGCUCUCUGAGCCCAUUCCCUGCCAGCAGUCCGAUCUCAACCUCGCCCCUUCCUCCUCUCUCUCACUCCCCAUAUCCACACUGUCCUUGCCCCCAAGAGAUGUGUUCCUCACCUCCAUCAAACACUAGCCACUAUCAGGACCUGUGCCCACCUCCAUACUGGCAAUACGAGAGCUGGGAGCACCAGAUGCAUCCCGCUGAAAGAGACACGGGUCCCGGUCUGAAGUUGGAGGGACCCCCGGACUUCACGGGCCCUUCACCAAUGCAGCACAUCACACUAGAAGAAGUGACUGAAUUCAUCGGAGAGGAUAUAAGUUCCUUUCAGAUGGGGACACACAUGGACAGUCGACCUGGAUGACAACAUCCUCCCAGUAUUAGUCCAGUGAUAAUCAGUUUAUAGUUAAUAUACCAACAUUUUGUGUAUAAUUUGUAUUUGAAUUAUUGCAUAUUAUUAAAAUAUGGCAAUAAUAAUAAAGACUGUGCUACUUAAGUGGUGAAUCUGUGGUAAAACAGAAGGCAGGCAUACAGUUGUAAGUAUGUAAGUAUGUAACUUACUGCUUCCUGACUGCACAUUUGAAUGGAACUAAUGUUUUUAAUCUGUAUGCAAAAUAAAUUAUCAUGAUGUUAUUUUUAUGUUUUGAUCCACUAAUGUACAUGCAUGGGGGUAAUUAGUAAUUUAAUGAACAGAUAAUGUAAAUCAAACCCGCAUGCUCUUCAUUCCCCCUUUUAUCUGAGAAACUGACUUCAUUUUUGACUUAAUGUCUAUUUGUGGGAUCACUGAACAUGUCCUUUGUACACAGUGUCCAAGUAGUUUAAAUGUGACUUCACCCCUGCCCCCACACAGGAAA